AUGUUAGGAAGAGGCUGGGUUGAGCUUUUUGAGUGGUUGUGGGCGGGGGGGGGGGGGGGAAGGGAAGAGUGGGAAGAGUGGGAAGAGUGGGAAGAGUUGGAGGAGUUGGAAGAGUUGGAAGAGUGGGAAGAAUGGGAAGAGUGGGAGGAGUUGGAAGAGUGGUAA